AUGGAUGUAUCAGAAAAGCUUCAAAAAUAUAGAUACCCUAUAACAAUAGCAAUAUUAAUUUCAAUAUUAUUUUUGUUAGUGAUAUAUGCAGCACCACAUUUUCUAACGAUUCUGACUUAUUUUUGGCCUUUAUUUGCUUCCACUACUGUGUUCUUGAUAGCAAUAAUUGCCUUUGGAGGUGUUUCAAAAUUCUCAAGUGAAACUCAUGGUGAAAAAGCAGGUGAAGGACUCUUGGAUUAUGUAGCAGGAAAGCCAGAACAUACUCAAGAGGCUCAGUAUUUUUAA